AUGUCCCAGACGCAGACCAUUCACGAAAGUCCCUCAACCGAGAUCCCCCUUUCCGUACUUAGGCCAGUAGCAGUAUCAUCAUCACAAAAUAUACCAUCUCGCCUCCUAUCUGACCAAUCGUCAUCUCCUCUCGAAUCAACAUCAAAUUUUGCCUUGAUCCUGAGAAUUGCAUCAUCAAUUCUUGCUUUUUUCACCGCCGGUCUCAAUGAUGGUAGUCUCGGUUCUCUCAUCCCUUACAUAUUAGACACAUAUUCGCUUUCCACAUCCUCCAUCGCCUUUCUCUAUCUCUCCUGCUUUCUCGGCUGGGUAUUUGCGGCGAUUAGCAUUCCUAUUAUCCAAACCCAUCUACGUCUGGGUAUCGGUGGGAUACUACUUCUAGGUGCAAGUUUGCAACUAUUGACUCAAUUUAUAAGAAUCUGGGGAUCUCCAUGGCCAUUAUUCGUAGUGAGCUUUGGUCUGGCGGCUCUAGGCCAAGCAUACCAAGAUGCCCAAGCAAAUACUUCUAUAGCCCAGAUUGGUGACAAGGCCCAUCGGUGGUUGGGUGUGGUACACGCGGCGUAUAGUGUGGGGUGUUUGCUUGGUCCAUUGGCUGUAACUGCCAUUGCAACUGCCAAGCCGGUGCACUGGAUGGAGAGUUAUGGGGCUUUGGCUGGAGUCGCAGGCCUGAAUGUUUGUUUGGUGGCUUGGGCCUUUGCAAGAGAUAUAGUGAUCAAAACGCGGCAUGAUCAGGAUAGUGAAGAACAAGGUGAAGAAGGUGAACAGAGUGAUCAUGCAAGAAGAAGAAAUGCAAUGCGGAGAGAUAUCGGGGAAGUCCUGAGAGGAAAAAGUGUCUGGGUCAUCAGUUUUUUCUUUUUCUUUCAUUUGGGUAGCGUCAUAACCAUCGGCGGUUGGCUAGUGACUUACCUCCUUACUCUCGCGCCCAAUUCAGGAGCCCAAGCCUCAUCAAUUGGCUACCUUCCCACCCUCUUCUACGCAGGAAACGCACUCGGUCGUCUCUUCCUCAUCGAACCUACUCAUCGAUUCGGCGAGAAGCGAAUGAUUUUCCUCUAUUCCUUCCUAUGCAUCAUUCUACAGAUCAUUAGCUGGAGACUUUCCAGUCUAAUCGGCAGUGUCGUCAUCGUAUGUUUACUCGGAUUCCUUCUAGGACCACUUUUCCCAGCAGCAAUUACGCAUACCAAGCUACUCCUUCCGUCGAGAAUCAUUACACCUGCCUUGAGUAUAAUUUUUGUGGUUGCUCAAGCCGGUGGAAAUAUAUUCCCAGCUGUGACUGGUAUUUUGGCGGCGAAUUUGGAUGGUGGGGACGGGGGAGGAUCUAGAGUUUUGCAGCCAGUUGUUUUAGGGUUGUUGGGGGGUAUGAUGGGGGCUUGGUGGCUAGUUCCGGGGGUUGUAAGGAGGAUGUAA